AUGGAACGACCUGCCUCCGGGCGGCCCCAAAGCGUGAGGAAAGUGUCUGAACCCGUCAAAAGUUCAGCAACUCCGUCUCAUAUCAGGAAAAGCAGUGCUUCUUCUGUAACUUCAGUUUCUUCAGUAGGAUCAGAUUCGGAAGUGCGUCGUUCCAAAGCGCGUGAAGAAAGGUUAAGAAAGAAAGAACAAGAGUACGCUCAGAAAGCCGAGAAAGACAAAAUAAAAGAGAAAGUACCCGAAGAAAUUACAGAGCAGGAAGAAGUGUUGAAGCCUCAUAGUAGCAAUUCAAACGGCAACAAAGAAGUCAGCCGAAAUCAUUCUCCCGAUGACGACGAAACAGACUCGACUUGUCCAAACAGCGAACUAGAUCAGACUAUAGUUCAACGGCCAGUGAUAUCGGACAAUUGUGUACAGAACUCUUCCCCGAGUCAAGUCGAGAGUCCGCCUUCUGGGUCUCCGAGAUGGGCCGAGAAGCUCCCGGUUGAGAGAAAAGAAUCAGUUUCAAGUGAUGUUAGCCUCGAAACAAACAUAGAACUGGAGGAAUUUGUGAAUGUUUUGAGUGAAACUCUCAACCAGCAACAACUUGACAAUGAGUUCCCCGAACUUGUAAACAACCAUGAUCAAAAAGUCAACAUAUCAGCAAAAACUCUUGAGCCUGGAAUGAUGCAGACGAUCACUAUGAGUGCGAAGCUGAAAGAUAAGGUGGCAGUUAUUGAGAGGGAAUUGGAAAAUGUGUUCGAGGAGGAAACGAUUAAAGUAUGCGUGCAUUUAUUACUGAAUUCAAAUUCAACCGACAAUGGGGAAAACACAGAAGAAACAUUGACAGACAUUCUUGGUGGGGAGGAGAUUUUUGAGAAAUACAUCGGACGUUUCUGGCACCUCAUGAUUCUUUCCAAGUCUGCAGCGUCCAAAUAUGGAAUCAAAAAUGCGACACUCAGAGACUACUAA